UCACAGAUGUCAACAAAUUCCGCUCCCACUCCACCACUAACCUAAAACCUAAUCAACCUUCAUCCAUUCAAUUCAGUUGCCUGAGAUAAUGAUUAAAAGUAUUAAAAAUUAAUAUAAAUUCAUAAUAAUCUUAAGUAAGCUUCAUAUUCCAAACUAAACUCAGACAAGCUUCUAUUACAGUAGUAAUAAUCACUUUGUAAUCUGAAGUAACAAUGGCAAACAUUUAGAAAUGUACAAUUUUGAUGCAGGAUUGAAAAUCAUUAAGGGAAAAGUGAAAUUGAAGCAUGAGGGACAAGAGCUAUCAUAUCCAGAAAGCUAUGACUUGGAAGGAGUGAAACAAAUUCAAUGGGAACGUCAGAAUGAAAUUGAUGGGAUUAAAUCUUUUGAAAAACUAACAGGAACAAAGGUCAUGCGAACAGGAUUAUGGCUACAUACUUGUGGAUUUUUGGAGGCCUAUCCAGAUGGACUGUUUUUUUCAGAUGGAAUAAUUGAAGUCAAGUGUCCAUAUACCUUGAGGAACUCCCCCUUGGCAGAUAAUUUGAAGAAAAGUGACAUUUUAUUCAGUGAAAAUGGUGAAUAUAUCGCCAAUAGAGAUCAUAAUUAUUAUCAUCAAAUUCAGGGGCAGCUACACAUUACUGGAAGAGACUAUUGUUACCUAGUUUUAUGGACCACUGCUGAUGUUGCCAUUAAGAAAAUUGAAAAGGAUAAAAGUUGGGAAAAAAUAUUCAUAUACUGAAAGAGUUUUAUUUGAAUGAAUAUCUCACUUAUAUAAGCUCUUGUUGUAUUGUAUUUAUUAUUUUUUAAUAUAUGCAAAUGAAUUUUGACAUUGUUUACUGAUAUUGAAAAAUGUGAUGUUUCUUCAUACUAAAAGUAAAUCAUUCUUCACAGUUAUAUUUAUCACA